UUUGAGAGUUGGCGAAUUGCAAGAGGAAAAGCACAAGGAACUAGGAAGCUCACAACUUUAAACAAUAUAAAUGAUUCCCACUUCUCCAAUAAUACUCCUAUAAGACCCGUAGUUCUACUCAACAAACUUCAGUUUAAUUCUUUCUUCCUUCCUUCUUAUUAAUUACCUAGUCUUCGCCUACCUCCAGCUAGCUGCUCAUCCUAGAUUCCGAAUGACACAACAGAAACACAGAUAUAAUUGUCAUCAUGUCAUCCAAAUAACCCAAAACCCUUUGAAUCCACCCUUUAUUUUUCUUUGCAAUUUGUGACAUCUAGUUAGAUCUACCCUUCACUACCACAGAGCACCACCAUCUUCCUUAAUUUACUGCUGCAUCUUCGGUGUAUUGUAACAUCCGGCCACCAAGGUCAAGAACAUGGCUGAUCAACUUGCCUCUGCUAUCGCAGCAAAUGUCUUGGGGAAGCUAGGAUCCAUUGUUUGGAGAGAGUUCAGAAUGAUAGUUAAAAUCGAAGGAGAGCUGAAAGAACUUACGGACACCAUGACAACAAUUGAAGCCGUGCUCUUGGAUGCUGAGGAGAAGCAAGCUAGCAACCACGCACUGAGCAACUGGCUAGGGAAGCUCAAAGAUAUUUUUCAUGAGAUUGAGGAAGUUUUGGAUGAAGUUGAGUACCAAGUUCAAAGGAAGCGAGCGAACGACAAAUAUGGGCGCACCAUUAAAGAGGUAUGUGAUUUUUCUUCACGCACUAAAGCCUUUUGGUCACGCCAUUUUCAAGUGGUUGAUAAAAUCAAGAGCAUUAGGGAGAGGUUAGGUAAGAUUGCAGGUGAAAAGGAUCAAUUUGAUCUCACAGCAGCACGAGUUGAAGAUAGGCGUGUCAUACACACGAGGAGGGAAAUGACCCACUCAUUUGUUCCUCCUUCAGAUGUCAUCGGUAGGAAUAAUUAUAAAGAAAAUAUAAUAAGUGAUCUUUUGAGGCAACCUAAUGGUAACCAAAAUGUCAAUGUGAUUCGUAUAGAUGGAAUCGGAGGGUUGGGGAAGACCACUGUUGCUAAGUUGGUAUACGAUGAUGAAUGUGUGGCUCAUCAUUUUGAAUUAAGAAUGUGGAUUUGUGUGUCUGAAGAUUUUGAAAUUCCCAGAUUAAUAAGAGAAAUCCUUAUGGAAUCAGGUGUUAGAAUUGACGAAAACUUCGGGCCUCAUAAUGGGUUGCAAACCAAGAUGAGAGAAAAGUUAAAGAAUAAGAGAUUUUUACUCGUCUUGGAUGAUGUUUGGAAUGAAGAUCGUAAUAAGUGGAAUGAGUUGAAAGAUUUAUUACUCGGUGGUGCCAAAGGAAGUAAAAUUUUAGUGACAACACGUACUAAUAAGGUUGCCAGCAUUAUGAGUGCAGUUUCCUCAUACACUUUAGAAGGUUUAUCUGAAAAGGAUUCUCUGUCUUUGUUUAUAAAGUAUGCAUUUAACGAAGGGGAAGACAAACAAUAUCCAAACCUCUUAGAAAUUGGAAAAGAAAUUGUAAAAAAAUGUAAAGGAGUUCCAUUGGCAAUAAGGACUUUAGGCAGCCUACUUUUCUCAAAGGUUAAUGAACGGGAGUGGAAAUUUGUGAGAGAUAAUGAGAUAUGGAAAUUAGAACAAAAGGAGGGUGACAUUUUACCUGCCUUACAAUUAAGUUAUAAUCCAAUGCCAUCUCACUUGAAGCAAUGCUUUUCUUUCUGUUCUCUUUUUCCAAAGAAUUAUUUAUUCGAUAGUGGUAAGUUGAUUGCAUUUUGGAUGGCGCAUGGACUCCUUAAUAAAAAGCCUAAUACUCAAGAUGAAGAGUUGGAAGACGUUGGCGACAUGUAUUUCAAGGAGUUGUGGUCCAGAUCUUUCUUCCAAGAUGUUGAGAAAGAUUUCUGGAACAAUGGGUAUCAGUUUAGAAUGCACGAUCUCGUCCAUGAUCUUGCACUCAAGGUUGCAGAAGAAGUGUGUUCAGCAGACGACUUUCACACCCAAAACAAUGCUAAAACAGUUCGCCAUUUGUCAUUUUCACACGAUGGUCGACAAGUUCCAAGUUUCUUUGACACAAUAAGCAGCGAUGUGCGGACCACUUUGUUCCAAACCAAACAACAAGAGCUGAUUUUAGUUGAAAAAUGCAUCUCGAGAUUCAAUUGCUUGCGGGUGCUGUGCUUAAGUGAUUCAUGUUUUGAGGUGUUGCCAAGCUCUAUUGGUAAUUUGCAGCAUUUGAGAUAUUUAAGUUUAGCUGGGAAUGAAAAGAUCAAGAAACUUCCUAAUUCCAUUUGCAAGUUGUAUAAUUUGCAAACUUUAUUACUUCAUGGAUGUUCGACGCUUGAGCGGCUGCCCAAAGAUACAAGGAAGAUGAUCAGCCUUAGGCAUUUGACAGUAACAACAACUAACGAAUUCUUGUUUGGGAAUGGUGAAAACUGUUUGAAUUCACUUCAGUUUUUGCUUGUAUCUCGCUGUCCGGGACUAGAAAGUUUGUUUCAAAGGAUGGAGAAGAGCCUUGCCAACCUUCGAACAUUGAUUGUUUCAGGUUGUGAAAGCUUGACCUCUCUGAAUCUUGAUGUCAAAUGCCUAACCGCCUUAGAGGCCUUGGUAAUUGAAGAUUGUAAAGUGCUUACACUACAAAAAGAACGACAUGUACUGCCCUUUUUGACAGGAACAGAAGACGAUCGGGAUCUCAAGUUCAAGAUUCGAAAAUUGAAGAUUUACAAUUUACCAGAGUUGGAGUCUUUGCCGCCAUGGCUCGAAGGAUCCGCUAACACUUUGCAGUUCCUGAGUAUUUCAUUUUGUGAGAACUUCAUGGCCUUACCGGAGGUGGAGUGGGGCAGUGAUCUGAAAUCACUUGAGAUUAUCGGUUGCCCCAAGUUGUCAUCUCUUCCUAAGGAUCGUCUCAUUGCACUAAGAGAAUUGACGAUCGAAUAUUGUCCUGAAUUGAUUAGGAAAUGCAAAGAGGAAGAUUCGUUCAAGAUUGAUCAUAUAGCAACUGUUCGACUACAAGAUUAGCCCAAAAUUGAAGAAGUAGAUGCUUCCAUGGCAGGACUUGAGCAAGAGAUAUAUUUUCAGCAACUAAUAAGCCUCGAUGCAACUCAGUUCAAAGAUGUUUGUUCCUAGCUUGAUUAUGUUGUAAACAUUUUGAUCAUUUUAAUUUGUAUUAAGUAAAUAUUUCUGUAAUUGUACGUAGUUGUUGCUAUAUGGCAUGUAAAUAAAUAUUAUAACUUGUGCACAUGCAUGCAUGGACCACAUGGAAAAAGACCAGAAAGCGCCAUUUUGUACGUAUAUAAUAUUAGAACAUGCUUGCUCAUGUGGCUUUUAUGA